AUGUCCUCUCGGAUAGUCUCACUCCCACACGAAGUCCUCCUACUCCUCGCGAGCCAUUUAUAUGGAGUAGAGGACUUCUUCAACCUCUCUUUAACAUGCAAGGACAUGCGGUCUAUCUUGGCAGACAUACUGCCCAACAGCAUCUUGCGAAUCGCAGCACGACAGUCGUUUUUCUCCCCCUUCCCGUCCUCAAACCUGCUUGUAGCAGCAACGGCUCGCGAGCUUGGGAACUGGGCACGCAAAUCGACAACCAAUGAAGAAAUCCUCGCCACCGCCUUCCAAGGCGGCAUGGAGGGGUUGCUCGGCCUGGCCCUCCGCCAAUGCAGCCUUACAAUGAGUCAACUCCGUGAGCUACAAGACAUACAAUAUUCUAUCGUCAACCCAGUCGUAAACAUCAUAGACCAAUGCAUCGGCCAGCAGUGGCGCGCUAUUCCCGACUUCUGGUCCGGGGGCGCAAGCGAUGCCGCCUCUAUCUCUGCAGAUGCCUCAGAUACCUUUUUUCACAUCGCCGUCUACGGCGAAUUAUUCUCAUCCGAUAUCGAAACGUACCUGAAUGGCAACCAGGCCUUGCCAGUUCAACGACCCCUGACCCUUGAUACGAGACUCGAAUAUCUGAAGUAUUGCGUCCCUGAUAAGAACUGUCGACUUAUGAGCAAAGAGCAAGCCAUGUCGGCUGUUGUCCGAGGAGUCCCGAUAGAUCCCCGACGAGUAGUCAAGGAUGUCGGUCCGUAUGCCGGAUAUGAAGAUAAGAGCGACCGUCAUAGCGAACUUGACGACGACGAACCUCAGAACUUUUACUUUGAUGAGAACGAUGAACUACAUAUCCUCUCGACCCAAAACGUUCUUGAUGAUGGAAACAAUGAACCUCGGGCCAAUCCAUUUACAGACGAUGCAUUCCGCCGCAAUCCGUGUAACAACAAUGCGUCUCAGAACUAUUUCUUUGACGAGGAUGAGGACGAUGAGUUUGCUGAGAAUGAUUGGUUUGGUCGGAAUAACGGUUUUAAUGACGACAGCGAAUCCGACGAGGAUAAUGCUCGAGAGCCUCAAGAACCACUGAAUGACAAUAAUUUCGCCUUGGUAUGGCUACUAGACAGCAGUCGUUGGCGGCCACACUGGCAAGAGGCCCGGCACAGAGUCGGGAAGGACUUUGAAGUCACCUAUCGCGACCUCGAGCAUUUCACGGCGGACGACCCGGGGAACUGGAGGCAGAGGCUGUGGGAAAACACCAUGCUCUGCCAGGGGCUAGAGGGCCUGGGCAUGAUCUUGCCUGGGCAGCAAGAUGCCUGGCUGAAGAAGAUCCGCAGAUGGAGAAGGAAGAUUGCCAAAAUGACUGAAGAGCCUCGCAUGCUCGUGUUGGGCGAGCAGAUUACGUAUGACUAUCCAUAUCUGUUUGGAGAGCUUCGUAUCUGUGGGCAGGGCUUCGUUGGUGCUACUCAAUAG